GGGUGCAGCGGAUGUGUUUAUCGUGCUCUAGUUUGAUGGCAUGACGGGACUCACUCCUGUUUAUAACCAACGCUGGUUCAAACUUUCCCGCUGACUCAUGUUCUCGCCCUACAGCCGCUGAAGCUUUAUAGUGGGUGCACGCAGAGCCAGGACCUACUACAAAUCGGAUGCCCGGCCGUCAGCAUGGCGGACCGGGAGGAGCGCCGCUUCGCCGAGGUUUCCCGGGAGUCCGUCAAACUCAUGGCCGAGAGUGCGGGCGUGGAGCUGGGCGACGAUGUGGCGGCGCUGCUGGCCGAGGACGUGUGUUACCGGCUCAGGGAGGCCACGCAGAGCAGCUCUCAGUUCAUGAGACACGCCAAGAGGAGGAAGCUGACGGUGGAGGACUUCAACAGAGCUCUGCGCUGGAGCAAGGUGGAGGCUGUAUGCGGCUACGGGGCCCAGGAUGCUUUACCCUUCUGCCCGGCGAAAGAAGGGGAGCUUUUCUUCAUCGAGGAUCGGGACAUCAACCUGGUGGAGUUGGCUCUGGCCACCAACAUCCCCAAAGGCUGUGCUGAGACCAUGGUGCGAGUAAACGUGUCUUACCUGGAUGGGAAAGGCAACCUGGAGCCUCAGGGAACAGUUCCCACAGCGGUGCAGUCUCUGUCGGAGGACCUGCUGAAGUACUACCAGCAGAUCACCCGGGCCAUCCUGGGGGAGGACCCCCACCUCAUGAAGGUGGCUCUGCUGGACCUCCAGUCCAACUCCAAGAUCGCUGCCCUCCUGCCGUACUUUGUUUACGUCAUCAGCGGGGUGAAGUCGGUAAGCCACGACCUGGAGCAGCUCAACCGGCUCCUCCACAUGGUGAAGAGCCUGGUCCAGAACCCCUACCUGUAUCUGGGAUCCUACGUGCGAAGCCUGGUCUCCAGUGUCAUGUACUGCAUCCUGGAGCCGCUGGCCGCCUCCAUCAACCCGCUCAACGACCACUGGACCCUCAGGGACUACGCGGCCCUGCUCCUCAGCCACAUCUUCUGGACUCACGGGGAUCUGGUGAGCGGGCUCUACCACCAGAUCCUGCUGUCCCUCCAGAAGGUUCUGUCCGACCCGGUGAGACCACUCUGCUCCCACUAUGGAGCCGUGGUGGGGCUCCACGCUUUGGGCUGGAAGGCUGUAGAGAGAGUGCUGUUUCCACACCUUCCCGCCUACUGGGCCAACCUCCAGGCCGUGCUGGACGACUACUCGGUUUCCAACGCUCAGGUCAAAGCAGACGGACACAAGGUCUACGGAGCCAUACUGGUGGCAGUGGAGCGUCUGCUGAAGAUGAAGGCCCUGUCUCUGUCUCAGCCUGCCGAGGGCGGCUCCGGCGGUCAGCCGGGCUCUGCCGUGGGUGGCAGGGUGAGCUCCCCCGGCCUCAGCCCCCCCCCAGAGCCUCUGUCGGAGGCCGCCCUGGGCAUCGCCAGCCACCUCCAGGCAGGCGGGGCCGGCUGUCCCUGGGAGGAGUGGACGCCGGUCCCUCUCCCCGCCAUGUAUUGUGAGCUCUACUCUUUCUUCGGAGACAGCCUGGCGGUCCGGUUCAGCACUGGGCCGGGGUUCGGCAGCUACCCUCCCUGUGCCCCGUCACAGCUCGCUGAUACCAGGAAGGAACCCUGUGGCCCCGCCUCCAACCCCGAUACCGCCCGCAAGAUGCCUCAGCUGACUGCCAACCUCAACAUCAGCCCCAGGCAAGAUGGGAGUCCUCGCACGGACCCGCCCCCGCCCAGCUUGGCAGCUACUGGUCCAGGAAGGUCCCUGGCUCGCUCCUCUUCCUCCUCAUCCUCCUCUGUGCAGCGCUCCAGAUCGUCCUCGUCACGUCCGGGCCAGCGUUCAACCGGCCCGUCCCGGGACGUUUUCCCCAAAGCCCGCUUCACCUCCCCUCAAGCGGGACUUCCUGUGUUCACCUUCCUCAUUGGCGGGCGGCAAAUGGGUCGCCGUUGCCAGGGGCGCCGGCCCUUCCAGACCGCUUUUGCCCCGACUCCACCCAUUUCGUCCGUCCCACCACGCGCCUACGCCCACAAACUGCCCGUCAUCGGCAGGGUGGGCAAACCGGUGCGGCGCUGGGCGUGUUCCCAUUACUCCCUUCAUCUGCCUCUCUAGAGACGACCUUCUCCAAAAUGAACUCCUACGCGGUUUGACUUCCACAGACUUCCACACUCCCUUCAGGCUGGUAUUUUAGUAUUUGAAAAUCAGAAUGACGUCAGCAACACAACAUAGAGAUUUGGUCACCUUUUUGCAACUGAUAUGGCCAAAUAGUAUUUUUAGGAACUAACAAUUCUAUUCUUAAGUUUUUUGUUUUUUUUACUUUUGUCAGAGCAAUCAUUCAUUUCACAUUUUGUAAUAAAUAAAGUUCAUUACAAUAUGAAGACAUUUAGUUUUGUCUGCUUGAAAGUGGAACAUUCUGAUCUUUUUCUUGUAUCCUCAUGUUUGAGACACAAUAUAAAAUAUUCAUUCAUCUGAAAACUGUAGUAAACUGGUCAACUAAUAAUUUGAGCUCUAUGUUCAUCAGAGUAAAAUGGGAUAUGGGCUGUUUUCAGUGAAUGUGGUCUGCAGCACUAUUUGGUGUGCUGAAGCUGAGCCCACACAGCCGAGGGAGACCUGAAUAAGGGACACACUUUCCAGUGACGGCCCAAAUGUUGUUUUUUUCUCUGAGUAAUGAGAGGACCAAAGGUCAGGACUUCGCCGGCCACGUGUUGACUUUGAUGUCUUGUGCUGCUGUUUUUGCUGAAUAAAACAUUUUCUGGAGUUUA